AUGAUACACGUGGGCAACUGCUAUAUUCCGUGGGCAGUGUUCACUCUCGCGGAGCUGCGCGCUGUCUCUUGUCAAAUUGUCUUACUCGCCAUCUGGGGUGCUGUGCUGGGCCCACUUUGCCGCCGCGGCGUUACUGGGGGCGCUUUGUUGGUUGGUUACACGGUCGGCAUGUUCUUCUUUCAACGGCGUCUCGCCUCUGGCCUCCCGGUGCGCUUUCUCUCUCUGCGCGCGUGGCGAUCGUCGCCCGAAAACUUCAGAAAGACGUCGGCGUUCCUGAAGGCACUGAAGGCAAAGACGCCCGCCGCCGGUGUUUCAGCGGCGGGCUUUGGUGCGCGCCCGGUUGUGGUGAUGACCGGUGGAGAACGUGGAAUCGGCGAACAGGUUGUGCACCAGCUUCUGCGCGAGGGGGUGGACGUUAUCCUUUGCUGCCCAUUCGAAGCGGAGGCGCUGCGCACCAUCGCGAGGCUGAAGGCUUGCGUCUCGAAUUCGCGGGUACAUUUUGUGAAGCUGGACCUCAACGACGAGGAAAAUGUGCGUGAGUGUGCCGCGGCGGUGCUGGGUAUGACGACGCGGAUCGACGUGCUGAUCAACAAUGCCGGAUUGGUCAGCCCGUUUUCGUACAAGUUGAACAAGCGCGGCUACGAGGUGGUACUGUCGAUCAACUUCCUCGGACACGUUCUCUUCACAGAGCUCCUUCUGGAGAGGGUGAAGGCGAGUGGACCCUCCCGCAUUGUCAACGUGGCAUCGCUCAUGCAUCUCGAUGCGUGCGUGCCAGCUCCAUGCAAGACCGCGCUCGACGUCAUGGCCGCCAACUGCGACCCCACAUCACCCCAUCACACGCACAACUACAGCCUUUCCAAGCUGCUCCUUGUGUGCUACACCCGCGAUUUGGCGAGACGCCUCCGCGGAACAGACACUGCGGUGGCAACGCUGCACCCGGGUGUGGUGCUCACGGACAUCUACGCCUUUGGCGCCAUCUUUAUGAAGGCCUUCUUACGGACAGUGUUCAAGUUUCCUGGUGAGGGCGCCGAGGUGGUCCUCUACUGUGCCUUGGCGGACGACAUUCGCAGCGGAUCUUUCUACGCGGACUGCGCGGAGUACAACGGUCUCCUCUCUCCGCUCGCUGUCGAUGACGCGCACAACGAGCGCCUCCGGCGCGUGCUGCUGCGCUACUUUGCACUGGACGGCUCCAAACCGACAGGCAAGUUGCUAGCGGAUGUCGUGCAGUCGACGCCGUGA